CCGGGAGGUGACGUCACUUCUCCCGGCAUGCAACAGUUCAAAUCGAAAUGGCGCCAUCUAGGGCUGCUCAAUUAAUCGAAUUUUAAUCACGAUUACGAUCUGAGUUUUGAACGAUUAUAAAAAACAUAAGCCGAUUAUUUGCUCCUCCCGCUUGCGCUGCCCUAAGUUGCAAAUGAAGCGCUCCUCCACAGUGUUGCCAACUUAGCGACUUUGACGCUAUUUCUAGCAGCUUUUCAGACCCCCUUCUUGACUUUUUAAUCCUAAAAGUACCUAGCGAACAUCUCAGAAACAUCUCUGGUAACCCUUAGCUACUUUCUGGAUAACUGUCGUCGACAUUUCCUGCAGGUUAGCUAAACACUCCACCUGCGCUCCGGACCGUUCUUCAGGACAUUAGGAAAGGGAAUGAUGUAGUGAUGUGUCGGUCGCUAAAGAAACAGCUCUCAGAGCCGGCUCCUUGUUGGAUUAACCAGAGUGAGUGACACACACACCGCACCUGCGGUCUCCUGAGCAGCUAAAAACAGCUAAAUGUGCGCGUGCGGCGUGCUAAACACACGUGCAGCUUGCCCGAUUGCUGUGAGACCGGGGUGGGGGGGUGGGGGGUGCAGCUGUGGUCGGGACAAUUAUUACAUUAACUGAUGGACCUGUAAAUAAAUAGUUUAUAAAUAAGGUAGAAAUAAGUUCCUCACGCUGAUAACUAAUCUCUCUGAGGACACGGUGCUAGUGAACUCUCCUACAGCACCUUGAUACGACUCAAUAAAUGUUAUGUAACAUUUUGUGAACAUCAAUUUAUUUGCAUUUAUUUGUUAUAAAUGCCACUGUAUAAUUCUUGCUGUCAGUAUUUGCAAGAUAUUGGUAUUUGGUUCUGUACUGGUUAGACUCAAGGUCUAUAGCCCUUGGGUCAUAGACUAUGAGCUAUAAGUAUAUUGGUCUUUUUAUCCUGGGAAUAAGGGGUUCUUUUAGUGAUCAUCUUGUUUCUUAUUUUUGUCCUGAUUGUGCCCUGAGCAGUUUUAUGACUGAAUAAAAACAAAUAAAAUCAACAUAAAUUGAAAAAUCGUCCUAAAUAAUCGUGAUCUCAAUUUCAGUCACCAUAAUCGUGAUUAUUAUUUUUGCCAUAAUCGAGCAGCCCUAGCGCCAUCUUGGCAGGCAGUAGCCCGCAGCUGGGCUAUUUGUUAUUGUCAGAAAACUCAAUCAGACAGGAAAUAUGGUAGAUUCCUGUUGUGCCCCAGGAUGCAGAAAAGACGCGGACGACAUAAGGAAUGAGCCAUCUACAGGAUUCCCCAAGAUCCGGAACACCGCAAACGUUGGAUCAUCGGAAUAAAACGCGCUAGUGACCGCGCUAAAAUGAAACUGUGGGACCCCGAGAGUAAAGGUUUUCGCUUAUGCAGCGAUCACUUCAUAUCAGGACAUGCACACCCAUGCAUGUGUCUCCUCAUGGAUCUCCUCAGUUGAACAACAACACAAUCACAUUUCCACAAACCGGUGGAAAUUGGAUUGGCUUGCUGACACAAGCAUCUCUGACCUGCACAAAGGAAGAGAGGUUGGUUUUUUAUUAUUAUUGAAAUGUAAACCUUCCCAAAGCGUUUCAGCAUUUGCAUGUCUGUGAAAGGUAGGAGGGGGAUGGUGGUGGCAUCGGUUUUAAAUGACAAAGAUCCUCCUCCCAUUCAUGGAAUGCCUUUAAACUGAAGUUAACCAUGUAGAUCACAUAGAGUACGUUUACAUGCAGCCAAUAUCCGGGUUAUGAUCGGGUUACGGUCGGUAUUCGGGUUUCUGAGUUGAUCAGAAUAACCCGUUUACAAGCCAGAGUUAACCCUAAUUUGCAUAACCCGCUUUCAAUGCGGACAUUGCGGUAGCGUCAGGACGUAUGGAUGACGUCAAGACGCAAUAUGCUUCAUUUCCAGUUCAUCUUGUUCCGGUAUCCAUGAAAACAACAACACGUUUCUCAGUUCGGAAGAGACAGCGAGAGCGUUUGUUUGCGCUUUAUUGCUGGUAUUGACCCACCAGCAGCUCUUAAAACGACUGUGCGUACUGGUCUUCAUUUGAAGGAGAGUACGUGAGCAAGAAAUUGCAAAUAUAGAGAGAGCUGCGCUAAACCUAUCCAACAUAUCGACGGUACCCGUUACCACCAGAGCCCCGCGGACACUUUGGAUGAAGGUGCGCAGCCAGGACUGGUGGGAGCGGGUUGUAAUGAUGGAGUUCACGGACACGGAUUGGCGUGAGAAUUUCCGUAUGUCACGUCAAUCUUUUGCUAAACUUUGUGGUAUGAUGGAAAGAGUGAUGGAGCCCAGUGUAGUAACCAUCCGCACACCAGUGCCUACAGAAAUGCGUGUUGCCAUGGUGCUGUAUAAACUAGCAAGCUGUGCAGAGUGUCGUUUGAUAGCAAACCAAUUUGGAGUGCACAAGAGCACCGUGAAGAAGAUGGUGUACCUAUUCUGCCACGGAAUGGUCGACUCUGUCAUCAAAACACUGAUCCGGGUACCCACUUUGGAGGAGGCAUGUGGCAUUGCACAAAGACUUGAACGUGCCCACUCCAUUCCUCAAAUCAUAGGUUGUGUGGAUGGGAGCCACAUCCCUUGCUUGCCUCCAAGUGAUGGCUACAGAGACUUCAUAAACAGGAAGGGAUGGCCAUCCAAUGUCCUCCAGGGAGUCUGUGAUGACAAAUACUGUUUUUGGAGUGUGAGCUGCAAAAUGCCUGGUUCAGCACUUGACGCCAAUGCACUCCGCCAGUCCAAUCUGUUCAACAACGCACAGUCCUUCCCAAAGAGAGCAAUGCAGAUCGAGGGGCAGGAUGUGGAUUUCUUCCUGCUGGGAGAUCCUGCGUACCCACUGAUGCCCUGGCUAAUGAAGGGCUAUCUGCAGUCCCCAAGACUGACACCACAAGAGGAAAGCUUCAACGUCUAUUUGAGUUCUGCUAGAACAUCUAUAGAGAUAGCAUUUGGUCGACUGAAAUCUCGUUUCCGUGUUCUGUUGAAGCGCAGUGACUUCCAUUUUACUUUCACAUCAUGCGUGGUAGCAACCUGUUGUGCUCUACACAACUUUUGUGAGAUGGAGAAGGAGCGUGUUAAUCCCAGAUAGGCAGAGGAGGCCACAUCAAUAGAAAGGCUGUUUCCACAGCCUGUGUCACAGGUCAAUAGGGCUGAUAACAGUGCAGCCUCAGCUAUCAGACGGGCCCUGAUUACCUUGCUGCACGUGUCCCACUCCGUAAGCGUUUAGUAAGAGCGUGAGUGUGCAGGACGAAUGGCUCUGAUAGGAAACAAACAACUUUAAACUGUAAGCUCGAUACUUUUCAAAACGCUUUAUUUUCUAAGUUUUAAAAGAUGUUUAUCUGCCUUCUCCUUUGUUGCUGUGCACCUCUGAAAAAGAACAGGUAUGUGCAAUGUUCAAAUAAAAUGUCAACACAUACAAGUUUUCUAGUAAGUUUAAUAAAACAUUUGUUCUUUAAUAAAGCACAUAACAAAAUAACAUUUUGGUUUUGCUUUUUAAAUGUGAGGUUGAUUCAGAAAUCAUCUGAGACAUGAGUGCCUCAUCACUGGCAUGUCUCAACUGCCUUUGCUGCUCAAACCAUUGCUUCUGCGUGUGCUGCAUUCUCUCAUGAACUGUUGAUGUUGAGUAAGUGAAGCGGCUCCACGGUGCCUGGACCUGCAACUUGACCCACCUAGAGCAGACAUGACAGGCCUUAGAAAGUGUUGGGUAAGUUCUCUCUUAGUGUUCGACUAUUAUCACUUUUUGCAUUCUUAUGAAACUUGUGGAUUCUAGAAGAGGUUUCUUUACCUUUAGCUGACAUGUGUCCGAUUGUCACCUGCUCCUCCGUCAUAAACAAACAUCUUCCUACAAUUCUGAGUUUACUAAGAAUGCAAAAAGUGACGAUAGUCCUUAGUUUGGGUCAACGGUUAUAUUACAUAAUAUCUCAUAAUCACUGUAAUCAAAUUAUCCACUAAAGAAAGGUACUAUUUUCAGACAUUACACAAGGAGGAGGAGUGACCUGGGGUUACAAUACGCUAUAACCAGUUAUGCCUUUAGUAACAGUAUUUAGAAAGCUCACCAGGAAUAGCUGCAGUGGGAUUUGAUGGCUGUGUAGACUGGCAAGGCACAGUCAUUGAAGGUCCACCUUCUCCAAUAUCUGCAUCUGGCCAGACAUAAAAACAAGCAAAAUGUUACAGCUUGAUGUUAAAAAAGAUGUUACUGAUAGGUUAAACACAGAUGGGUCGACGCAUGUAUCUAACUCCGAGAGCGAAACCCUUUGUUGGUAUACGUAUUGGAUUGAGAAAGUCAUGUGACUUACCUGUGUUUUCAUCCAUAACAUCAUCAUCAUCCUCUCCUUCAAGAUGAACCAGACCGAUGAACACAGAGGUUUCCUCGUCACUCCAAAAGUGUGGUGCUGUGCCGCGACUCGCCAUGUUGCUCCCAACUUGUUUACUUCCGGAGUUCUGGCGCGUACAAGACGUCUCGCUACUCAAAAGACCAAGAUUCCUUGCGAACAGAGCAUGCGCAGAACACACGCUUUGAUGGGGACAUCCCGAUAUGCGUUUACACGACCAAACAUUCGGGUUAGAAAAGGGUUACCCCAGGUGUAGUAACCGGGUUUUUAAAAACCCGGUUAUGAGCAUAUUGGCGGUGUUUACAUGGACCUGCGGAACCGGGCUAUUGCGAAUAUUCGGGUUUUAAAAGGGUUACUGGCUGCAUGUAAACGCACUGAUUAACACCAUAAUCAUACAUAUUUAAUUUUUUGUGUUUACCUCUUUAAAGAUGCUGUUAUUUAUAUUGUGUAACUAAUUUAUAGUGAAAUCCCUGAUAAUUGGUUUCCAGUGUCACAUACCAGUCCCUGUAUGCAUGUUGGACUGAAGACAGAUGUUUUGAGAAGGAAACAUGUUGUUUUUCAUGAAGUUAGCUAUUUUUUGUCUUUUUAAGUCCUUUUGAAAGAUGUUUGUAAUGAAAUAUAACUGCCACCUGUCUGUUUUCACCCUGUUAUGCAAGCCCAGGUCUCAGGGGCAGUGUCGUCUUUAGGAGUGAUUCCUGUGUCUGCUGGGCCUUCUCAGGUGUCCUUAAGCCACAAGCUGGGUCUGAUUCGGCCCAGCUUGUGGCCCGGUGGUUCAGAGACGUCUGAUGGUUUACUCUGCGCCCUGCCUUGUGAACUUGGCCGGCUUUGAGGGUGAGCUGGCACCGCGCCAUGGCCAAUCGGCUUGAGGACCUUGCCAGAGUGGGGUUUGCUGGGAGAAUCUACGCUCGGUUACGGGCUCAGAGUUGGAGGAGACGGUGCGUGAUCCUGGUGCUGCGGCCCCGCCGCAGACCCGGUUUGGUCUGGUCAAUGCCAGGUCUGUGCAGAACAAAUCUUUUAUUCUUUGGGAUUUUUUUAUUCAAUAUGGCUUGUUUUCUGUGCAUCUAUGAGUUCUGGAUUCCGUUUGGUGACUCAAGCGCCCUGCUGGAGCUGGUACCACCUGGCUGCUCCUGUUUUAAUAUCCGUAGAUCGCAGGGCAGAGGUGGAGGGCUGGUUGUUGUUUUUAAAUCCAGCUUUCCUUGUAAACAGCUCACACCCACCAUGUCAUUUUCUUCCUUUGAACUGUGCAUCUCCCCCCGCCUGCUCGUCGUGCUGAUUCAUCGCCCUCCAAAGACUGACUCUAACUUCCUAAAUGAUUUCUAUGAUCUUGUGGCAGACUGCAUCCUAAAAUAUGACUAUGUCCUAUUUCUUGGGGAUUUUAACAUCCAUAUCUGCUGUCCUGACAGUGUAGCCUGGCAAGCCAGACUAAACAAAUGUAUUAUUUAAUGUAUUAUUACAAACUUUGCAAAGCAAGAAUGUGGUCUAGUUCACUAGGCUACUGACAAUGUGCUUACUAAAGGCUUUUUGAAUUUGCUAGAUUCAUUCAAUUUAACUCAAUGGGUAUCGUCCCCAACUCAUGCCAGGGGUCACACCCUGGACCUGGUUCUCUCUUUUGGUCUCCCUGUCAUGAACCUUGUGACUUUGCCUCCUGUGUUCUCUGAUCACUCUCCUAUACUCUGUCAUGUUACGUUGCCAUGUCCUGUCCCUGUGUGUGAAGCUCCAGCUACUAGGUUCAGAGCCCUGGAUGCAGAAACUGUUGCAAAGUUUGUGGACUGCAUGUCUGUAAGGUUAGAGACCUUUAACCCUGAUCCAUCUAACAUUGAUCAUUACUCACAACACUUUGAUUUACUUUGUAAUCAGGUCCUGGAUGUGGUUGCCCCUCUCAAACUGUGCAAGUCUAGGCCUAGGAGGGAGCCUUGGCUCUCUGAUGUCACACGGGCUUGUAGGCGGGCGUGUAGAUCCUCUGAGAGAAAGUGGAAAAAGGAUGGCCUACAGGUCUCGCAUGAGUUGUUCAAGCAUCUCUGGUUGCUUAUCAGGAUGCAGUGAGGGCUGCCAGAACGGCAUAUUUUGCAAACAUCAUUGAAACAAACUCUAAGAAUCCCAAGAUUCCAUACAGCACAAUAUCUCAAUCCAAAAUGACUUCCUAUCUCUGGCUCCUUCAAAGGCAGUUCGAAUUCUGGGCGUUGUGUUUGAUGAACACCUGACCUUUAAAGAUCAUGUUGCCUCUGUUGCUCGUUCAUGCCGCUUUGCGCUGUAUAACAUACGAAAGAUCAGACCAUACCUAACACAACAUGCCACCCAGCUCCUGGUGCAAUCUACUGUCAUCUCCCACCUCGAUUACUGCAAUGCCCUUCUAACUGGUCUUCCAGGCUGUUCUGUGAGACCUCUUCAAAAGGUCCAGAACGCAGUGGUGCGUCUGGUCUUCAAUCAGCCAAAAAGAGCACACGUCACCCCUCUGUUCAUUGAGCUCCACUGGCUACCGCUAGCAGCACGCAACAAAUUCAAAUUGCUAACACUAGCAUACAAAGUCAGAGACGGUACGUCUCCAAUCUACCUGAAUCCUCUUGCAUAGGCUUACGUCUCGGCCCGGCCGCUCUGGUCAUCACAGGAUCGUCGGCUAGCAGUGCCUACACCACGCUCAGGACAAUCCAGAGUCUUCUCAUGUGUAGCGUUGUGGUUUUAUGCUCUUUUAUGAUAGAGGAACCAUGCUACGUAUUAAUUCGGAAUAUUAAUUUUUAAUAUUCAAUAACCAAGUUUUAUAUUGUUCAGAAGACUCAAAGGUUGUUUUCAUCGAUAAACUGCCGAUAAUAUCUGAGUGUCUGUGUUUCAGUUCAAUGAGGAAACCAGUUUGACGAUUAAAAGUUUUAAUUCUUCAAAUUAAACUAAUGAUUUUGAAAAUUGACAAACAGG